CUCCCCUGCCUGUAUCGAUUCCUCCUGCCUGCCCCCAGAAUUUGUCACCCUCCACAAACCCUUGUCUCCUCUCUCCUGUCUCACACUGGAAACUGCUCUGAAUCAUCAGCUAACCUAGCAAUUCAGCCAACAGACUGUUCAUGCUUCCUGUUAGAAUAGUCUUUUCUUGUUUUCCCCUCUAAUGGCUUCCUCAGGGGGCUGUUAAUUUAUAUUGUAAAUUUAUUUAUGCAAGAAGCAGAUUCUGAGGGGGACAUUUUAAAGGGCUCAGUCCCAACAAUCUGGGCCAGAUUUCCAGGAGCUCAGAAUCCAGAGUGCACCCCACAUGCUGAGCUCUUCAGAGAACCUGGCCUGGAAAGGAUCAGUAACUUCCUUCGCUCUGUGAGACUUUGGGAUGAUCAAGUGCAAAGGAAAAAGCCCAAACAAUUGAUUUUUGCGGCAAACAAGACCAAAUACACCAGUUCACAUUCACCCCUCCUGUAACUCAGCUGAAGCCAGUGAAUGGAGCUACACCAGGGAAGAAUUUGGCCCCUGGUGCAUACGUCACUCAUGGGAAAUUUACGUCAUCGUACCUCUCAACCAGAUCGUACUGACCAGUUUUUGUGGUUUCCUGAAGUCCAAGAAUACGAUGCUAUGGAGGGACAGGAUCUCUCUGUCCAUUUUCCAUACAACACACAGGAUUACAAAGAGAAGAAAGCCUGGUGCAGAAGCACAGUUCAGAAUGAGUGGGAUGUCUUGGUCAACACUGAUCACGGGUACCUCAGAUAUCAAAACAGGGCUCAGAAAGGUAAAGCCAGGAUACAUGACAACAGCCAGAAAGGGAUUGUUACUAUCACCAUGGAGAAACUACAGGUAGACGAUGCAGGGGUGUACCGAUGUGCACGCUAUGAGCCUCCCAGGCUUUACAGAAUAAUUGAAAUUAAACUGGCUUUGCCAAGGCUUGUGCCAACUACAACUACAAGUGUCGUUCCAGUUACCUCAAGUACAGGUCACACCAGCCUAAUCCUUAGCACAGCUAGUGCUGGGGUCACCUCACCAAAUAGCAGCUCCCUCGACUCGAGAUCUACCUUCCUUUGGUUGGGAGUUGGCUUCCUGAUCAACAAGACCCUGUUAGCUGUGAUGAUAGCUCUCCCAGUGAGGAGAAGAAACCGCCUCGGAGGAAGCACCCAGACACCAAUACAUAUUGAAUUCAUGGGCAACGGGGCAGCUGAAGUAAGCACUGGAGACCUGUCUGAGGGGGUGAGGAGCUGAUACAAAUCUCCUCCUUCGGAAGCAUCUCUGUACUUGAACUUGACAAUGUCGUCCCUCCCAAGGCUCUGAGCAGAAGCAGGUGCCCAUUCCCCACAUUGUAUCCAAGGCUUCCUCCCUAAAUCGACCACCCCCUCUCUACACUGCGUACCCCAGACUUCAUACACAAUAGCAUGGAGAGAGGAUGCAGCAGAGUGAUGUAGCUCCUUACCUAAGCUCCCCUUCCAGUUGCGAACCCUUGGGUAUCAGCUAGGCUCUCUCCCCCCUCAGCAUUUUUACACCUAAUAAUAAGGUGGGUCUGCUUCAGUGGUUCCCUGAUAUCCAUGAGGAAGAAGCAAUCCUCUGCUUUCUUUCUGAGCUGCUCUUCCAGCUGGGUCGGAACGCCCUCCCCACCUGCACACACUUGAGGAAUAUUGAGUCGCUUUGGGAAAUCUGGCUAGGUCCAAAUGAUGGUUUCCAGUUUGAGUUUAUGAACGGUCUGUAUCCUUAUGUCUUAUGACUGCCCUUGACUGUGUUCUGCCUCAUGCUCCUUGUGAUAAGAGGAGAGGGGCACCAGCAUGUCCACGGACAGGUUGAUCAUUAUGGACUAGCAGCACCAGAACAGAUCUUACUCGAGGAGAACACAGGAGUAACUGCAUCAUAGAUCAAGUUUGUUUUCUCCAAUUUCUCUGCAUGGGGCACUGGGGGCUUGAAGGAAUGGAAUUUUCCCAGAAGCAGAACAAAGAGAUCCAGUGUUAGCGCGGGGUCUUAAAAACUGCAGCAGCUUAGAGAUUCAGGCAGGACUCAACGGAAGCUUGGGCAGCAGAGAAUAGCAGAGGGGCAUGCAUUCAUAGCUGGGGGGAGGGGUUCUGUUGAACUGUGGGACCAGCUGAGGAAGAAGGAAGCUGGCUGAAGAGGAGAGCGACAUUGUGAUUUGGAGGAGAAGCCACAUGCAGGAGCUGGGAACCUGGACUCAUAGUGGGCUCCAACCUAAGCCCAAAGAACGCUCAAGAAUGGUUAGCAAUCUGAAGCAGGGAAAUGCACACAGACGUCAUUGUUUGGACUACGUCUCUAUAUGUCUUGAGCGAUCUAUAGAGUGGUUGUCUUGGGAGCUUUUGCAAAGUCAGUGUCUUAUGUGCUUCUCCUGUCACAUGUCCCUAGAGAGGUAACCUGGAACCCAGAGCACCCACAAAGUUGGAGCUCUUGGAAAGGGGGAGCUUAAACUACUGGAAUAGCCGUGGGGUCCUGGAGGUCUAGAGCAGCUGGAUUGCGAGCUCCCAUUUCCAUGAAGUGUGCCAGAGAGGCCAAGGAAAGAGACAGUGCUGGAGCCUAUUCAACCUUGGAAAGUUUAAGCACAUGGCUCUAGAGUGAUGCACCCAUGCACAGUAGACUGGUGAGUGUCCGGCAGAGAGAGCUUUAGCGGGGCUGUGACAAAUAUCCAUGGAAGCUCACUGCUGUACUGGCUGCAGACGGGCCCAGUUUUGUAGGGUUACCAACUGUCCCGUAUCUUUAGGGAUGCCCCUUAUUUAAAUAAAAAAUUGCCUGUCCCAAACUAAAUCAAUACUGAGUGCCUUUUAUCAUCUGUUUCAAUGUAGAGUGUUGCCAGAGCAGUCCAGAAUUUGGCCUGGCCUCCCCUCUGUCAUGCAUGGAGGGGCAGCCAGGUCAAAUUUGAAUAGCACUGACAGAGGGGCACUACCAAGAAACUGGUCUUGUAUUUUUUAAAUAGAAUGUUGGCGACCCUACUGUCACUCCAUGUGCUGUACAAUGCUGAAGGCUGUAACAACUCUGUUAAACUGAAAAUAUGAAGUAUGAACACUGGCAACACCCAUUUUUUCAUGUUCUCUGUGUAUAUAUAUUUUCCUACUGUAUCUUCCACUGCAUGCAUCCAAUGAAGUGGGUUUUAGCCCACGAAAGCUUAUGCUCAAAUAAA